GCUCUUGCGGGUAUAAAAGAAGGUCCCGUUGAAGAAUUAUCUUCCCGUGGCUUCUUUGUCUCCUUCCUCUGUUUUCCCUUUUCUCGAUCAUCCUCUGUUUUUCACGUCUCCUUGGGGAGUUCUAAAUAUCUCAAGAAGAAGAAGAAGAGGAGAUGAUUCUGGUGGCGAUAGUGGCGGAGCUGCUGGAGGAGUACACGAUGCUUCUGACGAGGAUGCUGGAGCAGCUGGUGCACGGGGCGCCCUUGCCCAGGCGGGUGAGACUUCUCAUCGUCCGGAGCCUUCCCUUCGCUCCCCCACCGCCUCGCCUCACCUGGGCCUCUUGAGCUGCUCCGGCUCCGCUGUAUUUUUCUUUUCUCUUCAAACUCCUCCUUUGAUUUUUUUUUUUUCUCUUCUUUUUUCUGCUUUCUUGUUCUUUUCCUCUUUUUCGAUAUUUUGAACACAGGUUCCGGCAAUGUAAAUGGGUGGUUUUCCUUUUUUUUUUUUUUUUCUCUCUUUUGUAUAGAACGGGGAUUAUGGAAGUAAUACCAACAGAUGGUUGAAGGGAGGAUGUUUACAUUUUAUAUCAUCUCCAAUGAUAUUGAAAGAUUCAAUACCGCUA